CGUCACUUCCUCCGUCGGCUGGACAUGGCCGGGCAGUAUCUGAUUGUCGCUGGCUGGCAUCACCACACCCAAACGUGCACGCUCGGUCUUGUCGCAUCUGCAUCGACGGAGGGGAUGAUUAUGCACAUGCAACUGAAGACCCUCACCAAGAUGGCUCUGUGGCCGCCAACACAAUCUCCUGACACAACUUACCACAGCCCCUGAUAUUUUCUUCUUUAUGGAAGAUUGUGAAAGACUGUGAUGUGAUUGUGUCCAGUCGUCACGGCAAUUCCAAAAAUGGAACAUUCCAUUCUCCAAAGUCCAAAAUUACCGGUAAUUACCCCAGCAAUUCACACUGUAUCUACAAGUUCAUUGGAUGGGCUACAGAAAGAGUGAAAAUCCGGUUCACUAAGUUCGAGUUACAAGGGAGAGCACCUGCGUGUGACCAUGACUACUUGGACAUCUACACACAAAUAAAGAGUGAACGGGAAACAUUGAAUCUCCUAGAUGCUCAGCUGGCUGGUCGCUUCUGUGGAGAUUUACUUGGGAGUUUACAAAACUUAAUUGUGUCUACCAAAAAUUUCAUCGUCCUCUCCUUCUAUACAGACGCUACAAAGGAGCAUACAGGCUUCACAGGAUACUAUGAGUUCUUUGAUGCUUCAGUAUAUGAUAUAGGAACAGAGGCGCCACCAGCCAUGUGCGGCUACACCAUCCGCAGCGAGAACAGGAAGACGGGUUUCAUCAUGUCCCCUACAUUCCCGGGCAUGUAUGCAGACAACAUGUUCUGCUACUACAAGCUGCAGGGCAAGGCCGGGGAGAGGAUCAAACUCCACUUCAUCGAGUUCUCCCUCUACCAUGGAGAGGAAUACUGUCCAUACGAUUACGUGAAAAUCUACGAUGGCUAUACAAAUGAUGCCCCUGUGAUUGGCACGUUCUGCGGCAACUAUGACAAUAGCACAAUCCUUUACUCUUCUGGAGAAGCACUGCACAUAGAGUUUCUUACAAGUCAAGGGAGAGUCUUGUUUGACAAGCAGCCUCUUGAAAACAGUGGUGAUUUAACAGUGCCAAGAAAAGGAUUUAACAUAACAUAUAACUUCAGUGAUCAGAUUGUCAAGUUAGACUUUAUCCUACCUGAUGCAGAACACUUAAUAGGAACAGAAUGUGACCAACGAAUAAUGAGUAAGCAAGAGACCAAUGGCACAAUAAAGUCCCCCAAUUAUCCGGCCUCCUUCCCUCAAAACAUCACCUGUCGGUACUACCUGGAUGGCCUUAUGGACAGACAGCAUCUGGAGAAAGCUAGGAUAUUAUUCUUCGACUUCGACAUACCAGGGAAUAUGCCUUAUUGUGCACUCGGAUACGUUGGUCUGAAUGAGGAUAGUCGCCUGAAGGAUGGAACCGUGAAGGAGAAAUUCUGCGGGACACUGCGACCCCCACCUCUGACGAGUCAAGGUCCCCGUCUAGUCCUGACCCUGGACACUCGAGGGGCCGUCCAAGGCGGGCGCUUCAUGUCCAAGUACAAGUUUAUUACAGAUUAUUCAAUCCCAGGGACCCAGAUCUCAGAGGAUUAUGCAAUCCCAGGGACUCCCAUCUCAGAAGGCCAGUGCAAGUUCUUGUAUGAUGACACCAGUGGCCAGUCUGGAACAUUCAAUACACCGCGUCACCCUGGCAACUACCCGACCGAUCUCACCUGUGAAUACAUCUUCCGCCCUGGCCAUGACGUCUUCGUUCUUAUAUCAUUCGAUACAUUUGAUCUAGAUGCAAGACAACCGAACCAGCUGGGGUGCCUGGGAAGAGACUACCUGGAGAUUUAUGAAGAGGGAUAUACCAAAAAUAACUUCUCCCUUGUGGAGAGGCAUUGUGGCACAAUAGCUCCUGGCCCUUUUACGUCGUCAAGGGUGGUGAAGAUUGUCUUCCAUUCCAACAAAUCCAUUACCAAGAUGGGCUUCAAGGCCAGAUACUACUUCCAAACAAAGGAGGAGAUAUAUGGAAAAUGUGGAAAGCAUGUAAUAAACAGUCAGGGAUCAGGAGGAAUAAUAAAAAGUCCUGACUAUCCUCGAAAAUACAAGGCAAAGACGUUUUGUCAGUGGACGAUUAGAGCCAGUAAACCCACAAAUAAAAUACUCAUAGAAACAGCUACCUUUGUGUUAGAAGGAAAGAUGGACCAAACGGGCUGCCAAAAUUCUGUGAUGAGAAUAUACAGUGAUAUUAACUCUGUGCAGCCUGCCGAGGUGCUGUGUGGCCAGAUGGGCACUAAUAUAGCUUUCCUCUCUUCGGGGGACACUUUUAGAAUAACAUUUGUGACAUCACUUCGGUCACUUGGUGGUAAAGGAUUCAAGUUAUCAUGGACAGAAGUCAAUGAAGAUGAUACCUGCUUUGGUUUUAAGUGUGCUAAAAACAACUAUUGCAUAUCGUCUGAAUUGAAGUGCAAUGAAUUACCCAACUGUGGCCGAGGUGAUGAGUCGGAUGAGACAGCCGAAUGUCCAACUACAGCCGGGGUACAGAUUCUUCACAUAGCCAUAGGGACGUCCAUAUCUUCAUUUUUCUGUAUCAUCCUUUUAAUAUGUGGAUUUUACCACCGACGGAAAUUUCGCUCAGAAAGGACUCCUCCUGAUCAUGAUCAUGUAGAAGUAAGAUAUGUGUCUGCUCCGACAGGGUGCAACACAACAGACAGACUCCUCAUGGAGGAGAAGACUCAAGAGAGUCCUCGGUGUCAGAAGGUCUCUAUGGUAUGAUGGAGGCUCGUUCUAGUGUAUAUAGGAUUCAAAUUAUAUGUUAAACACAGGCAGCAAGCAAUUAUGUACAACUGGGCACCACCGCUUCCGUGUAUGAGUUGAUGGCGUAUGUUUGGAGUAUACUUGUGCAGUACCAUUGCAGUAUACUUGGAGUCCCCUUUGUGCACAUUAACAGUAUACUUGAACAGUAUUUUAAAGUCAUAAUUGUGGGGCAACUAAAGCUUUGUGUGGCAUGCUGUAGAAAGCCUUCAAAGAAGCGAGAUCCCAUGUCUGAAGAAAUGAUCAAGGGAGAACUAGAUUUCACCUCCCGUGGAAGAAGGAUGUGUUUCUGAUUGAAGAGCUCAUGGUACCUUUUGCAGUCCAAUGAAAUGAAAGAAAAUCAGAAAACUUUCAUUGGCAGUGUACAAAUUAGAAGAGAGUGCUUGUAGAAUACUGGAUAUGUUUUGUUUAUUCAUACAAAAGACAGUACCUUGAAGUUUUCUUGGCACUAUCCAAUGUACUUAAUUUGCACUGUAUCAAGGCCAGCUUGUAUUGGAAUGGUUCCAUGUGGAAUGUCUAUAACAUAGACAUCAAGAACAUUAUACUACACUCAUUACAUUACAACAACCCAUUGGUUAUGGUGUUUCCACCAAACCCCCAAGUAAGUUGGCAUUGCUUAGCUUUCAUUAUUUAAUUGUGAUCUCGGCUUCUUCUACAUGAUAUUGAAUGAACAUUCUUAUAGUUUCACACGACCUGGACAUUUGACAUCAAUGUGUAUGUCCUCUACUACAUUCAUCGGUACUUCACUCUAUGGUACGUAGGACAAACUUGUUGUCUCUGCGAUGCACAUUUGGAUUAUUUAACAAUUAUGAAUGGCUUGAUUGGCUGUAUAUUCUAUUGAAAUGCAUCCUGUUCUACAAUAAUGGAUGAAACCCACAGUUCUUACCUAAAUACAAGUGAUAAAUGACCUGAGUACUAUGAUAACCCUUGGUCCACUGAACUGAACCUCAUGAUGACAAGCACAUGAUCUCCUCGUGAAAGAAAGGUCUAUUCAUGAGUUUAUUCUUGUACUGGACUCCCUUGACAUUCAGAACAUCUCUAGGACAAUGGACUCUCUUGACAUUCAGAACAUCUCCAGGACAACUGAUAACCUGGUCCAGAAACUGAUCAUUUGUAUGUCAUCAGUAACCUAGUGCAUUUUAUAUGUACUUGCAACAGAAGUCAGUCCCAGAUGUAUUACCUACUUCAUCCGAAUGAAGACCACGAAGUCAGUCAACCCUUAAAUGGCAGUACCAUAUGACAGAAAUGACUAUGUUGGAUCUUGAAAUGUAACUUGAUGAAAGAUCUUUGGAAAGAGUAAUAUGAAGUAUUGUCACCCUGCAUGAUGGUAGGUACCAAACAGUUACCUCAUGUACAUGCUGCAAGUCUGAGUACAUACGUCAAGUAUUACCUCCACGACACACGCAUCGGAACAGUUAUCCUUCAGUUACUGUACUUCCUGUGGUGGUGGAGUUGAGACAACAAAGGAUUCAGAUGAUUACAUUGUAUACCUGGCAAUUAACAGGAGGAAGUUAAUUGUGUUUUGACAUAUUUAUGUGUACAGUUUCAAAUGUAAGGAAGAAAUGUGUACUGUCAAAAUAUCCCUACUAUUGCACUGGACAGUAUUAGUUGAUCAUUGAUGUCCAAGUGUGCAGACUUUUUUUUGUACAUGCAUAUGUGUAAGAGAGACCCAGUGUAUGGAGUAUGGCCUAGAACAGUGCAUGGUAAUGUGUGUGCAGAUGUGUAGAAAUAUGUUGUGUAUGUACAUUAACAGUACACAGGGAACAGUAUUAUUGUUGUGCUGUCAGAGUACAUGUACAAAGGGUUUAGUUGAUCAUGACCAGUAUGCAUAGGCAGGACCCCUUUAAGAAGGCACUGAAGAAAAGGUGAACUGUGCUUGACCUAUGUAUGAUUGCCACAUGCAAUCUGGCCUAUUACUGCUUCUGGUCAUGGAUUGCCUGACAUAUGUCUGAUUGUCACACGCAGUUCGGCCUAUUACUUCAUCUGGUCAUGGAUUGUAUGGAGGAGUCCUGGCCACGCCACUGUUAAUAUUUCAGCUAUAUAAUGUGGCCUGCUCAAUAUUAGAAACCACAAGAAACAGCAGUUAAGGAACAUUGGCAGUCGAGUGAGUGAGGCAUGCUGGACACAAUGGGUAUUGGACAGACUCCCACAAGUACAAUAAGCUCACAUGUGUCUGUGUUAGUAUACAGAUGUGUUGGUCCUGAGGAUGAGAAUAUAUUGAGCUGUUCUGUGGACAGAUAGGAUGGAGAAUGCAUGUGUAUUUGUUGUUAUACUUGUGCAUAGGUGGAUGAUAUACAGUUGUUGCUUCUAACUAUGUUGCUUGAUUGGUAUUAAUGCUGUAUGUAUUUUCAUGACACUGCCAGACGGAACAACAGAAUAUCUGGCAAUAACUUAUCUUUUCAUACCAAAGCAAUGUAAGAUACGAGUGAUUUAUUGGUCAUACAUAUAUCCCUGUUCCACUGUAAAUCAGCUUUACUUGAUACUGGUAUCAAUGGUAUCUAUUUUUUCUUCAUUGCCCCCUUUCUGUAAUCUAUGUUAUGGCUUUUCCAGAAAGACAGUUUUAAUGAAACUAAACUGUAAGAAACAAAAUCUCCCAACCUCAGGAAAUGUGGACGCAAAUCAGGUAAUUUAUUUAUUGUGGCCUAACAAAAGAUAUGAUAUGAAGUAACUUCACUCUGAGAGUUGUCAACCUUGUGUUACAAAUGUAGCUGAUUUCUGUUCAUACUUCGCCCCCUCCAAAUACUGGUUAUGUUCAUCCAGAGUUUAAACUACUCCAUGUAGUCGGGGAGAUAGUGGUGGUGCUCAACGGAAAGUGUAUGGUAUGUUUAGCUGGCAUUACACUGAUAUUAGAACAGGAGUAUGCUAAUUGCUUUGUUACAGUAUCCUCUGAGCUGUCAGUCAUGUUCUGAGAGAAUCGGUAGCAAAAUAAUCCAUCCGUAACAUAUGGCAUUACUUGCUUCAAUCCUGUAAAUAAUCUUGUAUAUUUGUGCAGAUAUAUGAAAAAUACUUCAAGAAAAGUUGUUUUUUUGUGUAUAUGGGUUGUACUUAGUGAGGUAAACAUAGAAUUAUUUCUAGAUUCUAUUUUAUAGCUCAGCCAAUUACUUCUAUAUCUAAGAAUAUCUUAAUUCUGUUUACUUAGAGUUACAUUCUGUUUUCUGUAUAUGUUCAUGACAUAAAACUUGGUCAUUUGAAGAGAUUCUGACCAUUACUGUUGUGAUGUUGCCGUUGGAUGUCAGUAGUUUUAAUAUGAAUACAAACUUAUGUUGGAGAUUUGGUCUAGUCUUUGCUUCAAAGAUAGUGAGUAUGUAGUUCUGUAGAGAGUUGUGUGUUUCAGUGAAUGAUACUGGACACCUCCCAUGUGUUAACUGAGAUCUGUAGUUAAAGUGAUCCUGAGUGAAUGAAAUAUGAAGUUCCUGCAUGGACUGUACAUGACUGUCUUGACUUUCUCUUGAUCAGCUGACUUACAGUAUGAUCAGCUGUGAUAUUGAUAAAUGUGUCCAUGAUCAUUCUUGUGUAGAUUCAAAUGUCUCCUAUUCAUGUGUACAGACCAUGUGUACAGACAACAUGUACAGUUUAACCAUCAAUUGUACAGAGGAGUGUACAUGUGUUAUGAUGAAUUCAAAUAUUUCUAAACAUGAAAACAGUUGUGUGAUUCUUCAACCAUAAGUCAUGUUUAUACUUCAGUUUUUUAUAUGUAUAAAGUACAUGUCACUUAACAGUUAAAUGGUGUCAUAUUUCAACCCAAUGCUCCAGCUUCACCUCAUACAGAUGCCCUUGCCACACACUGUAACAGAAGGUAUCAUGUCCAGUUUGUAAUAGACACAUAACCAUGCAUUUAUAGGAUUCAUCUGAAGAUAAUGGAGGCACACAGAUAUAUCAUUGUGUACAAAUACUACCAUGUCCAAGUCCGAAAUGUUUAGGUACAAGUGAAAUUGAUAUUGCCUGACACAUACAUACAUGUAUUGGCAUUGAGGUACACAGCCAACCAAAGGCCACACCUUCAUUUAUCCGCAGGCUACAGAUUUGGUCUUGUAUGAAUGGCUAAUAUGUUGUGAUCUGUCUCAGACACCCUGACUAAUUUGUAUAGAUUAGGCAUUUAUUUGACAAAAUUAUUGUUCCAUGAAUGUAUUGUUUUAUAAAACAAUUAAUUCAAGUCUUUGAAAGGCAUUUAGAAGUGAUACACAUAAGGAAGAGAAUAUAUGGAUGUCAACUUGUUUAUUAUGAGGAACACAAAUAGGACUUGUGUUGGUGGUAAAAAUGAAGUGUUUCAUUUUGAUCUUGUGUUAUCAUUUAAUCAAUGUUUGGAUUGACUAUGCCUGAAGCUGAACAAUAAGACAUGUGGCAUUAUCUACAUACAGACACAUGUACAGCACAAGAUGCACAGAUACAUCACAUGUGUACAACAUUCAUUACAAAUAUAUAUACAUGUACAACACACAUUACAGAUUGGGAUAUAUACAUCAGUCAGGUAUGUAAUAAUGACAAAUACUAUACAGAACACACAAAUCUAUAUAUGGCCAUAAACUGGUGGGUUUGAAGCAUUCUGAUAUACAUUCUGCGAUUUUGAUGAAUUUGUAAGUCUGCAUAUUUCCUGCAAAUUUCAUUUCAUGUCUGUUAAUUCCCAAAGUCAUUUCUGUUUCAAAGUCAAAGAAAUCGGGCAUCAAUUGUGCGAGAUGAUUAUUUUUAGUAAAUGUCUUCAUUUAUGCAAGAGUAUUUCUUUAUGGUUCAGAAGCUGUAAUUCCCAUAUCAAGAAUAAAACAGAGAUAUUUUAGUCAUGUCACAAAACAGUCUACAGAAGUACCUUACAUGAUCUAAAAUAGAUUUGUUUCCUAAGUUUGUGUUGUCUAUAUAUCUGACUGUGAGCUUGUGUAGCUUAUUGCUCUAAAUCUAUAUGUAACAGUGUCAUUGCUCUGUUCAAAAGCGUAAUUGUAUAUUGUAGCAAUAUCAUUCAUGUUGCUCUGUCCACUAUGCACGCACAUCUUCAUAGGAUCAAGCACUACUAUCCAUUUAGAUUAACAAUAACACCCAUUUAGGUAAGAGGGAAUAUUUAAACCACCUGGAAACAUGAUCAUUCUUACCGGUAUGUGGUAGUAUAAAGAACUAUUCAAUAUGUCAUGUCAGUAUUUGGAGGACGUCCAAUGGAAAGACACUUAGCCCUAUGUGUAGAAAACGCACCCAUUUUUGAAGCUUUCUUCUCGUAUGUGCGAAGUUAUGAACUUGGUAUUGUGACAACUGAACUGACAGUUUGCUUUAAUGACCAACUGCUUGGAUGUCCAUGUGCUUCCUGCAUCUGUUUUACAUCAUUAAUUUUGUAGCAAUGCUCAUUGAAUAGUGACUCACAGCUUAAUGGUCAUCAGUUACUGUUUGAUGUGUCGCUCGAAGUCAGUCAACAGUCAAGGAGCAGUUCAAAAUCCAGGGUCGGAUUGAUGUCUUAAUUCCUUAACAGAUCUGUAAUAUUUCCCUCAAAUUGACGUUUCAGUGUUUUCUGUUCAAGUAAAACAGCACCAGUUCAAACUGUUGAAUGUUACCCUGAAACUAAAUGUCCUCAUUAUUGUACAGACGAUGAAGUGGAAGAAAGAGCGUGCCAAAAGAUGGUUUGGUCUUGUGUUGACAUUGCGGCAAUAUUUGUUGUGCAGUGCUGUAGGCAAUGAUACUCCACAUGUUUUUCUUUCUUCGAGUCUGCUAAGUUCCAGGGGAGGUGGUGUCUCAGAACUAAUGGAAUUAAGUUUGUUAUCCAAUGUCCAACUUUUGAACUGCCUCCUUACUUUGUAUUAUGAUAAUUGUUUGAAAAGUGAUUGGGACUGAAUAUCCCUUUUCAAAAACAAGUGUCACUAUGAAAUAUUGAGUGUGUCUCAUUGCCUCUGCUUAUACGAUCAUAUGACACUCAGGAAUAACAUUACAACUUGCUGUCAGUGGUUUUUUUAAAUGACUAACAUUCAGUUUACAAAAGUCUCAUAAGGAAUGAUAUGCUGUGUUGAUCAUGAUUACAUUAGUACAUCUUGACUGAAUAUUUGCUUUUCGUAAAUCAUUUCAAGUUCUUGAUAUAUUCAUAGCACAAGCUAUAUAUUGCUCAUUCACAGAGUUUAACUGUCACUUUUUUUAUCAAAUCAUUUUUAUAACAAAGUACAACUUUUUGAUGAUACAUAUGUGUUUGCUUCAUGAUAAUUGAUUGCCCAGUGAAUAGCUAGCAUGCAGAUUGUGAGGUCAAAUUCUGUUUCCUCUGAGAAUUACAUUUGCGUGAACACUGUUCUUAUUGGUGAGGUGUGUCAUUGCUAAUCAUUCUCAUUGCCAGUUACUGUAUGUCCUAUCAAGACCAGGUGACUCGUGUUUAUGCUGUUGAUUUACUUUGAAGAUUAAUCUGGGUUGUGUUACUGAAUGUGCUGGUGACAACGUUAAUGUAUACAGGGAAAACGUGAAGAUUUCAGGAUGAUAGCACGUUAUAUCUGGUCGGAUCUGAUCAAGUUUCUCCACCAUACAUUUCCCUUUCAACAAACCUCAUUGCUAAGAAACAUCUUACACAUUUGGUAAAAACAUAUGUACCGAACAAUUUAGGUCUGUGCCCAGCAGAUUAACAUUUUGUAGUUUAAUGUAAAUGAUAGACUCACAUUGAGUUCAUUCGAAACAUAUCAGUCGUCCUUUUUGAAAUCAAGUACAGACCUUACCUUGUGUUGAGGGGAUGUUAUACACUGACAGCUCAUACAGCUACCUUGUGUUGAAACAAGGGGGAUGUUACACACUGACAGCUCAUACAGCUACCUUGUGUUGAAACAAGGGGGGUGUUACACACUGACAGCUCAUACAGCUGCUACCUUGUGUUGAAACAAGGGGGAUGUUACACACUGACAGCUCCUACAGCUACCUUGUGUUGAAACAAGUGAGAUGUUACACACUGACAGCUCAUACAGCUACCUUGUGUUGAAACAAGGGGGGUGGUACACACUGACAGCUCCUACAGCUACCUUGUGUUGAAACAAGUGAGAUGUUACACACUGACAGCUCAUACAGCUACCUUGUGUUGAAACAAGGGGGGUGGUACACACUGACAGCUCAUACAGCUACCUUGUGUUGAAACAACAAGGUGUUACACACUGACAGCUCAAACAGCUACCUUGUGUUGAAACAAGGGGGGUGUUACACACCGACAGCUUAUACAGCUACCUUGUGUUGAAACAAGGGGGAUGUUACACACUGACAGCUCAAACAGCUACCUUGACACUACUUCUUGAACAAAUAGAACUUGUGUAGUGAAGUUGACUGUCAAGGAGAGUUUACCGCGGAAGGUGAUGGCUCAAAUAUUAAUAAUGUGUUAGCCUCACUAUGUUUACAGUGAAUGUUAGAUCCAUUUAUCUUUUUAUUUACAUUGGAGGCUUUCAUAUCGUUAAGAAUAGUUUAACAAUUCCCUUGACCUCUAACGCAUGAAAAUAAGCAUGAGAAUGGAACUGUUUCAUGCAGCUGAAACAUUAUAUUCCAAUUUACUCUUGUGAGGGAUUGAUUUUGACAAACAUUUGACCAUAUACUAGACCCAUGUACAUGUUUGUGUUGUACACUAGACUGAAGACCUAUUGUUUUGUUGGUGUUUCCACAUUUUGUACAUUGUAGAUUACUGUUUGGAGCAACGAGAUGUGCUGUGUGUAUAGAGAUUGAAUGGUGUAUGAAUGGUGACAGGUGAUUGUUUAUUAACAUAUGACUAAUAUGUAAAAUAAAUUUAUAAAUAUUUGCAAAAAAA